GCUGUCCUCGCUCACAGGCAAUGAUGCGUGUCGCUCUCACGCUUGCAGCUCUCGGCGCGUCGGUGCGCGCGCAGAGUACGGAGGCGCCGACACUGACGGUCUCGACGGUGGUUGCGAGUCCGAGCGCAGCGACGAGUGCGCCGAUCGCGUCGCAGUCGGUGGCGCCGCCUGUCCCGCAGGCUUGGUGCCCGUCCGAGAUAUUCUGCGCCGGGGAGCUACUGCAAGCUGUGAACCUCGGCAACCUGUACACCGACCCGAAGACAUUCGUGGACAAGCCCACGCGCAAACCCUCGCAAGAGGUGCUCAGCGACUUCCGCAACGUAACGAACAACGCCACGAGCGACGACCUUGAUGACGUGACAGUGGGCAGCAUACUUGAUUUCGUGGAAGAGGACUUUGGUGGGGAGGGUCUGGAGCUUCAGGCGCUUGCGCUGGACGAUUUUAACCCCGAGCCUGCUUUUCUGGGUGGGGUGAAGGAUCCUGUGGUGCAGGCGUUUGCGAAGACGGUGCAUGGGUACUGGACGCAGCUCAUUAGGGGCACAAACUCGUCGACGCUAUGCGAUGGGGUCGAGUGCGAGAGCAGUCUGAUCCCGCUAAACCAUACCUUUGUGGUACCUGGUGGCCGGUUCCGGGAGCAAUACUACUGGGACAGCUUCUGGAUCGUGGAGGGCUUGCUCGAGUCUGAACUAUACGACAUCGUCAACGCCACACUGCACAACUUCAUGGACGAGCUUGAGCACAUCGGGUUCAUCCCGAACGGCGGGCGCAUCUACUACCUAAACCGGUCGCAGCCACCGCUGUUCGUGCAGAUGCUCGCGCGGUACGUGGAGGCGACCAACGAGACCUCGAUCCUCGACCGGGCGCUGCCGCUGGCAGAGAAAGAGCUCGCCUGGUUCGCGACGAACCGAACAAUCGACGUGACGAGCCCGACGACCAACAAGACCUACUCCAUGGCACGCUACGCCGUCAACAACACCGCGCCGCGCCCCGAGUCGUACUUGACGGACUACCGCACGGCGAAUCCGGACGACAACUCGACGGCGCUGACCGAGGAAGAGCGCGGCGAUCUGUAUGCGGAGCUGGCGUCUGGGGCUGAGUCAGGCUGGGACUAUACGACGCGAUGGAUUGGUGGUUCUAACGACUUGAAGAAGCUGAACGUCAGGAAUACGCUUCCGGUCGACCUGAAUAGCAUUCUGUACCACAACCAUGUUCUCCUCGCACGCCUGUGCAACCAGGUAUCGAAUGACACGGCUGCCGACUCGCAUCGCCAGCAAGCCGCGACGAUCCGCGAAGGUGUCCUCGACCUAUUCUGGAACUCGACCAAGCUCGCCUUCUACGACUUCAACCUCAAGACGAACCAACAAUCGGAAAUCUUCACCAUCGCCACCUUCUACCCCCUCUGGUCCGGCAUCAUACCCGACGAACUCUUGAGCUCCCCCGACGCCGCCUUCGGCUACUUCUCCUCCAUCAACCUCGUCAUGUCCCGCUACAACGGCACCUACCCGACCACCUUCCUCAACACCGGCCUCCAGUGGGACGCGCCCAACGCGUGGCCGCCGCACGUCUACAUCGCCAUGCAGGCGCUGCGCGCGCUGCCGGAUAAUGUCACGGGCUCCGCGCUGCCUACGCCACAGACCAACCAGUCGACGUACGCGCUGAUCCCUGAGGGCCAGCUGGGCCUGGAGGAGAACGCGCUGCCGGGGCAACCGCUGUACAAGGGCGUGAACGCGAGCUCGACGGGCGCGGAGGCGGAUGUGAACGUGCGGGACGGGACGGUGGUGAAUGGUGGGAAUGCGACGGACGGCGAGGGCUGGGGGAAGGCGUUGCAGCGCGAGAUGGCGAAUCGGUAUAUAGCGGCGGCGUUGUGUAGCUGGCAUGCGACUGGCGGCUCUCUCGGUGGCCUGCUGGCGAGGCUCUCGGAUGAGGAACUCAAUAUUACGAACAGUAUCAACAACACCGGGAAUAUGUUCGAGAAGUUCUCGAACCUCGACAUCGACUCAGCUGGCAGCGGUGGCGAGUAUACCGUGCAGGCCGGCUUCGGAUGGACGAAUGGUGUCGUUCUGUGGACAGCCAGCCGUUACGGCGACGUGCUUGCGGCGCCGCAAUGCCCGAACGUUACUGAGUCCGCGGCUGCCUCGACGGGAGGCGGGUCAGGUCCGGGCGAUACAGACGGCGGCAACUCGUCUGACACUUCGCAAGGCGGCGAAGGCUCGGACAACAACUCUGCGGCUUCGCUGCGCGCUGGUUGGCUGGCAGUUGGGAUGGCGGUUCUGGCGAUGACGCUGUCCUUCUAGGUACGAGAAGUGAAUUACUGCAAUGUACAUGACCUGCUUUGACACUUGAUAUCGACGAGUAUAUGCGCGGUA